AAUUGGGUCUCCAGCCAGCCUUUGAGUGGAGAGCUUCCCCGGCUGGUUGAAUGGGCAGGGGAGCACCCGAGCCAGUUUGUUAUCUUCGUCGUCGGGCACUGCGCAGAGAAGGGCUGGAUCGAGUAUACCUCAAAGCCUUGCUCAGACGCAGAGUUUGUCAAGCCUUUCAGCGCUCAGGGUGUUGCCUUUGAAACGAAGUGCGACAAGCUUCGCAACAUGACCCUGGCCCAGGCGAUGAAAGCCAGUGCCUUAAGGAACGGAGGGCACCUGCUUGCCAUCGACCUCGAAUGUGUGGAGACCAACUGGAAGAGUGAGGUCACCAAAGCUGAGCAGGUCCAGCCGUAUGUAGCAGAGACAAUGAAGCAGAUGCAAGGUUCCGGAAAGCUCUUCCAGAUCCAGGCCCUCAUGCAGCAGAAGUUUCUCAUACAGCGCAGCUACCAACUCAACAAGGAGGUGGCCUCAUGGAUCACCGACACCCACCUCUUGGACGGGGUGAACUUCCUUGUGGCCUGGAAGCAGGUCUCAGACAGGACAAGUCAAUUUAUAAUCGACCCCAAAGCACUGUUCGAAUUAUGA